AUCAUUUAUUUUCUGCAUGAUUUGAAUUAUUCAAUAUGGGGAAAACUUCUGUCACCAAGCUAUCUCUUCUCGUUGUCAUCCUUUUUGCUUUCGCAACAUCUCAUUUUCCAUUUAGGGCAGAAGCAAGGCACAAGCAUGUACAACACAAGAACCACCACCAUCGUCGUGUAAAGCCUUCUCCAGUGACAAUACCACCAUCACCGCCACCACAAAUAUCACCAUCUCCUGCACCAACAUCAACCGCUGAAGACCUGCCAAACAUUGAAGACCCACCAAGAGAAUUAGCACCAGUUCCAUCAUACCCAGAACCAGCACCUUAUAUAGACAUUAACAAUUUGCCCCCAUACCAAAUCCACGGUUGUGGCUAUCCGUGCAGCGACUCCAAUGAUUGUGAUGCCCCAUGCACAAUAUGUGGUGCAAACUACACAUGUGCGUACGAUGAACCUUACCCAUGGCCCCCAAUUUCUUCCCCACCUAGUGCAGAUUCACUACCACCAGUACCAGAAGUCCCCCCGUACGAAACCCAUGGUUGUGGCUAUCCAUGUACUAACUCAAACGACUGCGAUUGGCCCUGCACAAUCUGUAGUGCAAACCAAACAUGUACUUAUUUCGAUAUAGGAGAACCAGCUGUUCUUCCACCUCCUGGAUACGAAUAUCCACCCUAUCAGGUUCAUGGGUGUGGCUACCCAUGUACUGACUCAAACGACUGUGAUUGGCCGUGCACAGUUUGUGGUUUUAACAAGACAUGUUCGUAUGAAGAACCCAUGACACUGGCAUCAUUUGUGCCAUCACAGGCACCUGAACCGGCUCCUUCACCCAGUUCAGGGGAGGACGAGGGCGAUAUAGAUGCACCGAAACCUCCUUAUGAUAUAGGAGUGCCAGCUGACCUUCCUCCUCCAGGACAGGAAUAUCCGCCUUAUCAGGUUCAUGGUUGUGGCUUCCCGUGCUUUGACGAUAAUGAUUGUGAUUGGCCUUGCACAGCCUGUGGUGCUAAUAAUACCUGCCAGUAUGACUAGUUUAUGAUUUCAAUACAAUUUCAACACAAUAAGAAUUAAUAUCUAGUGAUCCUGUAUUUUACAAGUACUAACACAUAAUUAAGAGAAUAUCUGAUCAUAUGAUAUACAUGUAUAUUUGGAUAUUUUUCUCGUGUAUUAUUCUUAAUAAACAUCUUACCACAU